AUGGCGUCUGCACUGUCGCCGCCUGCUGCUGCCCGUAUAUUGCCUCUCAAGAGUGCACAACAGCCGAGUCAUUUGCGUGAACAGCUGAUUGACGGGCUAACUGCUUCGGAACCGAGAGGGCAAGGUCCGGACGACCGGGUCUGGACGCGUAGCAUCCCGACGCAGUACCUCUACAGCGAUGCAGGGCUUGGCAUAUACUCUGAGAUCAUUACCCGGUGCAAGGUGAGUCUCUGCUGGGGCAUCAACUCGCUUCUACGGCCCCGAGCCAACGCUGAGUAAGCUGACUCCUCGGACAUGCCACCUCAGAGUUACUAUCCAUUCGCCUGCGAGCUCGAAAUUUUACAAAACUACGGAGACGAAAUAGUGAGUCUCAGGUGGAAUAAUGCUAGACCCGUCACUCCGACCGCUUCGCUCGUCUCGCCCCCACCGCGGCCGUGCCCGCGGCCCCACCUAACCCGCACACGCACAUGCAUGCUCCGAUCGGGCUCCCGUCUGGACCAGGCUGACAGAUCAUUCUUACUGGAGGCGGCGCGCAUGCUCGGACUGCCUAGCGAUUUCGCCUUGGCGAAAAAUCAGUCCAAGAAGAGUUCCGAGCUCAACACUCACAGUCACGACAUGGACCAUGCCGAGGCUGAGCAGGCGCCGCCCUUGCAGACGAACGGCAAGCAUAAAGGUUCUCCUAUCCGAGAGAAGUGGGGCGAUUUUGGCGUCGGGAAGCACAAUCAUGGGGUGAACGGCCGUAUCAGCGAGGUCAACGGAACGCCUAGUGCCGAAGCUGUGAUCAUUGAACUAGGAUCCGGGUGAGUUGCACCGCCGUGUAGCUUGUUGCGUGUUUGUUCGGCGACUCAUGCCGGUGCAUCCUUUGGCGCCUAUGCAGCUCGCUCGACAAGACGCGCCACCUGCUGUCGGCAUUUUCAAAAGUUCUGAAAGCCGGGAAACUGUCGGGAUUUCGCUCCAUCGAUUACGAAGCAUUGGACUUGGAGAAAAGCUCUCUUGAGCUCUCUCUUAACAGCCUUGCCGAGCAGGAACCCGCUGCGGUCAAGACCGAAGUCGACGAGACUCCUCGAGUUAAGAUCGGCGGACUGCACGGCCUCUACGACGAUGGACUAGAUCAUCUCGCAAGCUACUCAUCUAGCCAGGAUCAUGCUCGCACAAGCAGCAUCAUGUGGCUUGGGUAUGUGAUCAGCCUCUUGCUCAGUGCCGGCAAACAAAGCUGAUCCGCGAACAAUUGUUCGGGGUUCCCCCAGGUCAUCGAUCGGAAACUUCUCCAGACGCGAGGCCUGCUUGUUCUUGAAAAAUGUCAAGUUGCGUCCCGGAGAAACUAUGCUCAUCGGUAUCGACGGUUGCGACGACGCGGCGACGAUUGAAAGUGCGUACAACGACCCAGAAGGUGUCACUCGCCGCUUCAUCUUGGAGGGUGUAGAUCAGGCAGGCCGGGCUCUCGCUGCCAAUACCGCAAAAGGCGACCAUCCCGACGGGUCGCCCCUUUGUAGCACUAACUUUGAGUACGAGAACUGGUACAACCAAAAAGAGGGGCGCCACGAGGUGAGUGCUGCGCCGAACCCAUUGGGUGGAAGAUGGCCACGCUCCUUUUGACCGACUUCCUUUCUUGCAGGCUUACAUCCGAUGCAAGGUGGACCAGCUUCGUGUACCGAUACCCGGCCGCGAAGACGUGGUACUUGAGAAGGACGAGUGAGUGCGCGCUGUGGAAGCCGACGCAGUCCCUAGCUCGUGCUAACUUCUUCUUGCUCAGACUGAUGCAAAUUGAGGUUUCUUACAAGGUGCGCCGGGCCGUUAUAGCAGCCAUUGGUACUUCAGAAUAGUGCUGAACACUAGAAAACCUGUUCACUCUACAGUACAACCGAAACGAAGCGCUGGCUCUUUUCCAUGCAGCCAGAAUGCGCCUUGUCCAGCGAUGGUCUGAUUCCACCCAAAAGCACACACUCUACCUCGUUGAGCGCCCUACUAUCGCAUUCUCCCUUUCGAACCACCCGUCUCUCCAGCAGUUUGGCGUGACGCCAUCUCCGAAUGCGUACGGGCUCCCAUCAGUGGAUGAGUGGAAAACGCAAUGGGCGUCGUGGGACAUGCUCGUGGUGAGAGCAAAUCUCUCUAUCGCUCGACCACCGGACUCUCAUUUAUUUGCUCUCUCCCACUUAGCGUGACAUCAUGCCCCAGGACUUGCUCAUGACAAAACCGAUUCCUCUCCGACACAUUCCGCUCUUUUACCUCGGGCAUCUCCCAUGCUUCACCGCGAUCCAUUUAUCUCGCUACUUCAAGGAGCCACUUGUAGAGCCUGCUGCAUUUGUGAGUCACGAAUCCCUGCCCCUUGCGGCUCGGUGCCACGAUCUUACCUGCCUUGUUCCUCCCCACGUUGCAGGCCGACAUGUUCGAGCGAGGCAUUGAUCCCGAUGUGGAGACCAAGGAGAUCUCGCAUUGGCAUAGUGCAGCACCGCAGAACGAUCAAUGGCCUUCAUUGGAUGCCAUCACCGAGUACCAGGAUCGGGUCCGUGCUCGCGUCCUUAGGAUCUACGAGGAAGAGUUAAGAGACGGUCGCGUGACCCGUCGUUUGGCUCGCAUUCUCAUGAUGGUGUUCGAGCAUGAGGCGAUGCAUUUCGAGACUCUCGUUUACAUGUGAGCAGUGCCUCUGUCUAAAGUGCCCCCCGUGCGGUGGCGCUGUCGCCUUGUGCUGAGAGGCUCCAAUUCUCAAUUUCGCGACAGUGCUCUCCAAGCUGCGCAGCAACUUCGGGCGCCGAUUGGCGCACAGGUCCCCGAUUUUGUCAGCUUGGGUCGAGCAUGGGCUCGAGAAGCAGCAGCAGAUGAAUCCUUGACCAAGCCCCUUGAGUUUGGAUCCUGUACUGUACUGAUAGGACUUGACGACAGCGAAGACGAGGACGAGGACGAAACUCACAAAUUCGAGUCCUCGCAUGCUUUUGGGUGGGAUGUUGAGGCUCCCAAACGCGAAGUGCAAGUCGCGGCGUUCAAACUCUCUGCGCUUCCUGUGCGUAAUAAGGAAUACCUCGGCUUUCUGUCGACAUUGGAGAGCCCCGACGCGCUCUUCCCUUCAUCGUGGAGGUCCUUGACUGGCUCAGCAACCUCCUCGGUGGAUGACAUUGUGGUCAAGACUCUGUAUGGAGAGGUCGCAAUGACCCACGCUUUGGAAUGGCCCGUCACUGGCUCCGCUGUGCAACUUGCAGCCUAUGCACAGGUCAGGCGUUCUUCAACUCCAUAUCUGUAUGGGAUGGUAUGACUAAGUCUUCCUUGACAUGGAGUGCAGGCAAAUGGUGCUCGACUCCCGACGCGCGAGGAACUCGCUGUUUUCCACGCCGCGAACCCGGUCGACGCCCCAACAAGCAAUAUCGGACUGGUGAAUCUGCACCCUCUGCCCCCAUCGCCUGCACGCCCCGGAAGCCGCCUCCCUGGUGCAAGUGACGGUGGGGUGUGGUUGUGGACAUCGACCAAAUUGGAUGCGCAUGAAGGUUUUGUGGCCGGGAAGCUCUGUAAGUGGUCGUGCCAAAGCGUGACGGUAUCCGAAUGAACCCGUUCGGCUCAUGCCCCCUUGAAUGCACUUGUGGCUAUAAAGAUCCGGGCUACUCGACCGACUUUUUUGAUGGGCAGCACCUAAUCAUCACCGGGGCUUCAUAUGUUACGCCUGCUCGCCUUGCGCGGCCAUCGUUCACCAACUUUUACCAAGCGAAGUGAGCCCCCUCAUCCGCCGUGAUCUUGGUGGUACAAGUCCUAGAGCACUGAUUUGACACCGGAAUUGGUGCAGGUAUCCCUACGUGGUGUGUGGUGCACGCAUCGCAUUUGAUGUUUGA